AUGUCCACCAGAACAUCAAGAGCAUGCGAUCCAUGUCGCCUUCGCAAAGUAAAAUGCAACGGCUUAACGCCCUGUUCUCAAUGCGGUCAUCUCAACCUCGCGUGUGUCUACUCAGCCCCGCCCACAAAGCGGAAGCCGACAAUUAGAGGAAGAUUGGUUGCGCAGAUACGCGAGGGCGGAUGCCGAUCUGAUUCAGCUUCGCCUCAAACCUCGCCAUCGUAUAUUCCUACGAGUAAUGGGACGAUAUACAACGCGGAUUUCUUUAUGAAAUUGGUUUCGGAGUACGAACGCGCCGUGUUCCCUGUCAACCCGAUCAUUCUUCCAUCUGAAGUCGUCGCUGCGAUUGAGGGUAUGGAGAAUAGCUAUGAGGAUGCAGCAUUCGUCUACGCGUUCGCCGGAUCGACGAUCAAUUUAUCCCAAACGACGUGGAAUCCUGAUGAUGAUAUUCUUGCAAGGAUGAUGGAUCUGCUCUCGCUAGGCACCAAAGCACACAGACAAGCUGAAAUGGGAAAAGGUUUUCUAAACAAGUUACCAGUCAGCGUCAAGCGCGUCAUGACGUGUAUUUUUCUGGAGAACUGUCUCAUGGCGUUUGAGAGGAUGGAUAGAGGGUUGGUUAUGUUGAGAGAAGCGGGGACGUUGAUGCAAAUGAUGGACCUUGAUCGGUUUACGGAUGGGUCGUUGAGUAAUCAUGAGAUUGCUACGAGACAGAGACUCUACUGGGAGGUUUCCAUCCAUGAGCGAUUUGCGACGAUUGUCACUGGAUAUCCAGCUCUUUUACCGCCGUUGAAGACUGGUCUGCCUAUACCAGAUCAUGAAAUCCCGUCUGGUAUCAACGAAGGUUUUAAUCGGUUGAUUCAUCUGUUCAACGUUCUGGACGAUGAAUUCUUGACUCAAUGGAGGGCUCAACGGGAUCCAUCAAGUACAGGACCAGAGAUAACAGCUGCAUGGAUUGAACAUAAACAAGCUCAACUCGACCAAGACGAAAUCGACGCAACAGAAACAGACAACACAUUAAUCUCAAACGGCUGCGAAGGUCUAACAGAACUGCAACACGCAGACCUCUUCAUAACUCGUCUCUGGAUGCGUAUCCUAGUAUGGCAACUCGCCCUCUGCCAAGGCCUCUUACAAUCUGCACCACCACAAAACUCACACGAGGGCUUCUCAAUGCACUUCCCCGCACAACGUCUCUCAACCCAACUCCGCAACUUGGUCGAUAGGUUAAAAAGCUUCGACAGCGUCGCGUUGCACGGACCGGGGAUUAUAGCCAAGUUGUUUGAGAUCACCACUACGGUAGCGGACGUGCUGGCUUUACCUGGUGCGGAUGGUGCGGAGGAUAGGGUGGAGGAUUUUCUGUUUCUGAAUACGUUUCUGUUGAGUUUUGAUAGGAUUCAUGAGAAUCAGCGGGAGUAUCUUAAGGGCAAGUUGAGUGCGUUGCAGGAUGCGCAGGGAUUUGGGAGUUUGGCUACGUAUAAUGCUGAUGGGUGGUUAUCUCCUGAUGGACUGUAA